AUGGCAGAAUACUGGAAAUCUACACCGAAAUACUGGUGUAAGCACUGCAAGGUCUUCGUUCGCGAUACACCCUACGAACGAACUCAGCAUGAAGCUACAGGAAAGCAUCAAGGCAGCUUAAAACGGUUUUUACGAGAUAUACACAGAGACCAAGAACGUGGGGAAAAAGAAAGCCAAAAGGCAAAAAGCGAAAUCGAGCGACUGAGAGGAAUAGUAUCCAACCCUGGUUCGUCGACGGGAGCCAAACGAGCACAAAAUGACCCACCAUGGAGGAAAGCGACGGCUACUGGAGCGAAUACUACAGGCUUGACACAAGAUCGGAUGCAACAGGUGGCACAACUGGCGGAAAUGGGAGUUGCAGUUCCUGAGGAGUUUAGGCCGAGUAUGGCAUUGGCUGGAGACUGGAAGGUUGUCUCGGAGACGCCAAUAGAAGAGCAUACUGCCGAGAGUACCGUUAAAAAUAUUGGCGUUCGAAAACGAAAACUGAGAGAGGAUGAGCAGGAAGAAGCGGAUAUGCAGCAGGAAGUUGUGAGAAAAUCCUGGGGGUCGGCGAUUCGCGAGUAUCGGGCUAGUGAGGAUGACUCGGCUGACCUUGAUGCGCUUUUGAAUAUGACGACGAACGUGAAGAAGGUUAAAGCAGAAGCCAAAGUGGAUCCUGGGUCUAGAGAUGCACAGGAACCUGCUGUGAAAAAAGAAGAAGAUGCUGAAGAUGACAGAGCUAAUGUGCCUGUCAAGGAUGAGGAUAUACCGCCCAGCAUCAAACAGGAAGAGACAGCCGCGAGGGACGAGGCAGAGAAUUCUCCUCCGGCUGUCAUGUUUAAGAAGCGGAAGCCGAAAAAUAUAAAACGGUAA